AUGUCCUGCCAGCAGAGCCAGCAGCAAUGCCAGCCCCCUCCAAAGUGCACCCCCAAGUGCCCUCCCAAGUGCCAGACCCCAAAGUGCCCUCCUAAGUGCCCUCCUAAGUGCCCUCCCAAGUGCCUGCCUGUGUCUUCCUGCUGUAGCCUGGGUUCUGGGGGCUGCUGUGGAUCCAGCUCUGGGGGCUGCUGUGGCUCCAGCUCUGGGGGCUGCUGCAGCUCUGGGGGUGGUGGCUGCUGCCUGAGCCACCACAAGCCCCGCAGAUCUCUGCGUCGCCAUCGUCACAGCUCUGGAUGCUGUAGCAGUGGGGGCAGCAGUGGCUGCUGUGGCAGCAGUGGGGGAAGCAGUGGCUGCUGUGGUAGCAGUGGGGGAAGCAGUGGCUGCUGUGGCAGCAGUGGGGGAAGCAGUGGCUGCUGUGGCAGUAGCCAGCAGUCAGGGGGCUGUUGUUGA